UGGCAAGAAAGGAAGCAAUCUACCUAUCAUACACCAUUCGCCACAACCAUCGGUAUCCUAUAUCCUGCCACGCGUCAUGCAGAGCGUGGCUCAAAUUCAGCAACCUGUUUGUGCUGCCGGGGAGUGGUGCUGCUGAGAGUGCCUGCCUUGCCUGCACUCGUACAAUUUUUAUGACUUUCACCUGAGCUGCAAGCGACUAAAAUCAUGUUGGCGGCUCGAUCUUCAUUCUUUUUGCAUCCCCUCUGCCUGCGCAGGGACGUGCAUGGCUUCGAUUCACCUCCUCCCAUUCUCUGCACUUCCGCCAGGCCCAAUUCAAAGCCGUGUACAGUCUUAGCGUGGGCAAAGAAUGAACGCCUCCAUUAUGUCCGACACAUUGUCUUGCAGGCCGCCACUAGUGAAACGGGCACCGUCGGGUCGGAGGCAGAGUCAGAGGCAGCGGUGGAAGCAGAGGCAAAGGCAGAGGCAGUGGUGGAAGGAGAGGCAGAGGAAUAUGAGGUGGAAAUCGAUAAACCUUAUGGACUUAGGUUUUUCAAGGGCUCUGAUAGGGGUACCUACAUAGACGCUAUUGCUCCAGGCUGCAGUGCUGAUAAAACUAAUAUGUUCACUGUUGGAGAUAAAGUCAUAUCUACCAGUGCUGUAUUCGGGACAGAGAUCUGGCCGGCAGCUGAGUAUGGCCGCACAAUGUACACUAUACGCCAACGAGUUGGGCCAUUAUAUAUGAAAAUGCAGAAACGCUACGGAAAACUUGUAGAUAGUGCUGUGGAUGAAAAAGAUAUAAUAAGAGCAGAGAGGAACUCAGGUGUUAUCAGUGAUAAAGUGAGGGAAAUUCAAAUGCAAAACUAUAUGCGGAAAAUGGAGCUCAAGAGCAAAAGAGAGUCCGAACUUACAGAAGGACUAAAGUAUUAUAGGGAAGGAAAAUAUGAAUCAGCGUUAGAGAAGUUUGAGUCUGUUUUAGGAUCAAAGCCUGAACCAAAGGAACUAGCUGUGACUAGUUACAAUGUUGCAUGCUGUUAUUCCAAAUUAAAUCAGUUAGAAGCAGGUCUUUCAGCCCUUGAAGAUGCAAUGGAGGCAGGAUAUGAAGACUAUAAAACUAUUCGCACAGAUCCUGAUCUAGCAAACUUGAGAUCUUCAGAAAAGUUCAAACCUUUACUGGACAAGUAUGAUGAACCAUUUAUUAAUGAGAAUGCUAUCAAUGCUAUCAAAAACCUAUUUGGCUUCAACAAAAAGUGAUCUGUAUAGCCAACAAUAUCUUUUUCUCAAUUAAUCAUGCUGAUAGGUCCUGGCUUUUCAAAAAGUGGGAGUUGGCAUUGUUGUUGCAUCUAGCAACAAAAUCCACAAAAGCAAUAUCAAAUUGUAAUUGUUUGUAGUAUAUAUGACAAUAAGAAACUAAAGAUUGUGUUGCACUCAUAACAUCAUUGCAUAAAUCAUAAUGAUUUUCAGUUCUGAUUCA